GAUGAAGAAUAAGUUGGUGGUGGCAGCGGUGGGUGUGAUAGUAGUAGCAGCGAGCCUAGUGUUAGAAGGAUGCGAGUGCAGGACAGUGCAAUUCAUAUUUGGGGACUCACUGUCGGAUGUUGGAAACAACAAGUACCUGUCCAAGAGCCUCGCUCAGGCUAGCUUGCCGUGGUACGGCAUUGAUUUCGGAAACGGGCUCCCGAAUGGCAGGUUCUCCAAUGGGCGCACUGUUGCCGAUAUCAUUGGGGAUCAAAUGGGCCUUCCAAGGCCUCCUCCUUUCUUGGACCCAUCCUUGACUGAAGAUGAUAUUUUGCACAAUGGCCUCAAUUAUGCUUCUGGAGGGGGCGGCAUUUUGAAUGACACAGGCACCUAUUUUAUUCAGAGGUUCUCUCUCUACAAACAAAUUGAGCUGUUCGAGGGGACACAAGAACUAAUAAGAGAGAAAAUCGGGAAAGAGGAGGCAGACAAGUUUUUCAAGGAAGCAAGGUAUGUGGUUGCACUGGGCAGCAAUGACUUCAUAAACAACUACUUGAUGCCCGUAUACAGGGACUCAUGGACUUACAAUGAUGACACCUUCAUACAAUACCUGAUACAAACACUGAGAGCCCAACUCACGGCUCUGCACGCAUUGGGUGCAAGGCAGCUCAUGGUCUUUGGGCUGGGCCCAAUGGGCUGCAUCCCCCUUCAGAGGGUGCUUUCGUCCUCCGCCUCCGGGGGCUGCCAACACAGAACCAACACCCUGGCCCUUAGCUUCAACAAAGCUGCAGCCAAAUUGAUGGACGACUUGGGGAAACAACUUGCCAAUUCAAGCUUCAGAUUUGGAGAUGCUUACGAUGUUGUCAGCGAUGUCAUUUCCAACCCAAACAAGUAUGGUUUUGAAAACUCAGAUUCACCUUGUUGCUCAUUUGGGAGGAUACGACCCGCUCUCACCUGUUUACCAGCUUCAAGGCUCUGCAAAGACAGAAGCAAGUACGUAUUCUGGGAUGAGUACCACCCCACAGACAGUGCUAACCAGCUCAUAGCCAAUGAGCUUAUCCACAAGUUCGGCUUCUUGCGUCUUAAUCAAUCUUCAUCUUCCCCUUCCCCUUCCCCUUCCCCUGCUAAUUGAUUGCUUUUCCCCAAACUAUUUCAUAAUUUGUAUUUGCGUUUCAGCUUCAACAAAGAUGACUAACUGUAAGAGAAACAGCUUAUCGCAUUAGGAAUUAGCUUUAAUUACUGCAACGUGGAUCUCUUUGAUAUGAUUGAUUGAGUAAAGGUCCAGAAAUAGAUGUCUAAAUCAGGAUCGAGGUUUUGUUACUGCCUUACGGGUGUAUUAUUGUGUGCUCAUGUAAUAUUAUCAUAUGAUCACUACUAUUACAUUUUA